UCUUGCCCACGAUUGCUUGACAAGUCUGCAUUCGUCCGCGUCUGCCUUCCUCCCAUCCCUCACACACCCACUCUUCCGCUCACCAUGCCUCCCAAAUCCAUUCUCAAGAAGACCACCGUCGUUGCCAAUCAGCCGCCCCCCGCCACCGACGACCGCCCUGUCAACAAGAAGCACCUCGAGGUCGCUCUGCACCAUGCCAACAUCAUCGAGCAGCGCAAGACCGCCGAGAGGGAGGUUCUCGACAGCAUCAUAACCCUGCUGGACUUUCCCGAGUCGCCAGACGCCGAUCCGCGCCGCCCCUCAUCGUCCGACGCUCUCCGCUUCAGCCAGGCUGUCGCUCCCUUUCAGCCUGCCGACUAUGACUCGCUCAUUGAAGAGCGCAACAUCGCAGCCAAGUGCGGAUACGCUCUCUGUCCACGCCCCAAGCGCAAAGCCCCGUCCGCCGCCAGGAAGCAGUUCGUCGAUACCUCGCACGGCGUCCAAAUAGUUGACAAGAAAUCCCUCGAGGUGUGGUGCUCAGACGACUGUGCGCGCAGGGCACUCUAUGUAAAGGUGCAACUAAAUGAGGAACCUGCGUGGCUACGACAAGGUAGUCAUGGCGAUAAGAUUGAGCUCAUGGUGGAAAACAGCGAGGAACAUCACAAGGCCCUGCCGUUGCGACUGAAGGAGCCAGCCGACUCCAAGAAGCCCGCUGACCGCGAAGAGGAAGAUGUGGCCGCUGCGUGGGCUGCGCACGAUGAUGCUCUGGCUGAUCUUGCUAUCGAGCGUGGGGAGAAGCCGGGGCGCCUCAGCAAAGCCAACAAAGAUCUUAUACAAGACAAAAUCAGGGAGAGAGUAGCUGCCACUCCCCCAGAACCUCCAUCGCUCCCCAAGGACACCAUUUUUCAGUCGCAUAUGGCAAUUGAAGGCCACAUUCCACGGUCAUCAAAGAGCAAAGACGAGAAUGAUGACGAUGACGACGGAAACGACGCGCAAGAUUGGGAUAAACACAUGGGUUGA